UGUGUCCUAUACUGGCUGUCAAAAUAAAAUUUUUUGCACCAACUGCUGCCGGGAACACGUUGCAGUUUUGUUUCAAUUACAGUUUUUGUUUCUUAAUCGGGCAUUUGAUAAUAUUUAUUGUAUUUCAAUAAACAAAAAAGUGCGUGAUAAUCAUGGCAAAUGUCGAAAGAAAGGGCACCUUUAAAGUGGAAUAUCUCCAGCAAAUCGAGCGCGACAUGCAACAGCGUUGGGAAAAUGAGCAUGUGCAUGAAACGGAUGCGCCAGCAGAGCCACGCCAAAGUUUGGAUGAGAAAUUUUUCGUCACAUUUCCUUUCCCCUAUAUGAAUGGACGUCUACAUUUGGGUCACACAUUUUCGCUUUCUAAAGCUGAAUUUGCUGUACGUUAUCAACGGCUUAAAGGAAAACGUGUGCUAUGGCCAUUUGGCUUUCACUGUACUGGCAUGCCAAUCAAAGCGUGUGCGGAUAAGUUGAAACGUGAAAUGGAAGAUUUUGGUUAUCCACCAAAGUUUCCAGUCGAUGACGCACCCGUCGAAGUAGAGGAACCGAAACAAGGUGAUGUACCCAAAGAUAAAUCCAAGGGUAAGAAGAGCAAAGCUGUGGCCAAAACAGCAGCUGCCAAAUAUCAAUGGCAGAUCAUGCAGAGUCUGCGUUUGACGGACGAAGAAAUUAAAAGUUUUGCGGAUACCGAACAUUGGUUAAACUAUUUUCCACCAUUGGCUAUUAAAGAUCUCAAAAACUUGGGUGUACAUGUGGACUUUAGGCGUACUUUCAUCACAACCGAUGCAAAUCCCUACUUCGAUUCGUUUGUGCGCUGGCAGUUCUUGCAUUUGAAAAAUCGCGGCAAAAUUAUGUAUGGCAAACGCUACACAAUCUACUCGCCCAAAGAUGGUCAACCCUGCAUGGAUCACGAUCGCUCAAGUGGCGAAGGUGUCGGACCGCAAGAGUAUACUUUAAUCAAGAUGAAGGUGCUUGAAAAGCCGGCAAAACUUAGUGCUGUUACUGAGCCUAUCUAUAUGGUGGCUGCCACACUCCGUCCCGAAACUAUGUAUGGCCAAACCAAUUGCUGGCUGCAUCCGGACAUCAAGUACAUUGCUUGGCAAGUGCCACGCACAAAUGAAGUGUGGAUUAGCACACGUCGUGCUGCUCGCAAUAUGGCUUACCAAGGCUUCACCGCCGAAGAGGGUAAAGUUGUAGAGAUUGCUGAGUUGACUGGACAGGAUUUGCUGGGCACACCACUGUCUGCACCAAUGACAUCACACAAGAUCAUCUAUACACUGCCAAUGUUGUCGAUUAAAGAGGACAAGGGCACAGGCGUGGUAACAUCCGUGCCAUCCGAUUCUCCUGACGAUUAUGCUGCUUUGGUAGACUUGCAGAAAAAGGAGGCUUUCCGCCAAAAGUAUGGUAUUACCGAUGAGAUGGUGCUACCUUAUGCGCCAGUACCCAUCAUUGAGGUACCCAGUUUGGGUAAAACUUGCGCUGUCUACGCUUACGAGAAAUUGAAGAUACAAUCGCAAAACGACAAAGACAAGUUGGCUGAGGCGAAAGAGCUUUGUUACUUGAAAGGUUUCUAUGAUGGCGUGCUUUUGGUUGGCGAGUUCGCCGGACGCAAGGUGCAAGAUAUUAAGAAGGAUUUGCAGAAGAAACUUGUGGCCGCUAAUGAAGCAGAAAUCUACUACGAACCAGAGAAGACCAUUAUUUCACGUUCCGGCGAUCAGUGUGUGGUCGCGUUGUGCAAUCAAUGGUAUUUGAACUACGGUGAACCCGAAUGGCAGGCACAAGCCAAGAAAAAUCUCAGCAAAAUGGAAUGUUACCACGAAGAGGCGCGCAACAACUUCGAAGCCUGUCUGAAUUGGUUGCACGAAUACGCCUGCUCGCGAACAUAUGGCUUGGGCACCAAGUUGCCCUGGGAUCAACAAUGGCUUAUUGAAUCACUGUCAGACUCCACCAUUUAUAUGGCAUUCUACACUGUGGUGCAUCUGCUGCAAGGCGGUUCGUUUAGAGGCGAGAAGCCCAGUCCUUUAGGCAUCACUGCAAAGGAUAUGACACCAGAAGUUUGGGAUUACAUAUUCUUCAAAGAGACACCUUACAGCGCUAAGCUGCCCGUGAAGAAGGAGUCGCUCGAAAUUUUGCGUCGUGAAUUCGAGUACUGGUACCCGAUGGACUUGCGUGUGAGUGGCAAAGAUUUGAUUAACAACCAUUUGACAUUCAUGUUGUACAACCACACCGCCAUUUGGCCCAAUGACGAAGGCAAAUGGCCGCUGGGCGCACGUGUCAACGGUCAUCUGUUGCUCAAUUCGGCUAAAAUGUCGAAAUCCGAUGGCAAUUUCCUCACACUCUACGAAGCUGUGGAGAAAUUCUCAGCCGACGGCACGCGUCUCUGCCUGGCUGACUCUGGCGACAGUAUUGAGGAUGCCAACUUCGUUGUGAGCACCGCUGAUGCUGGCAUACUGCGUCUGUACACAUUCAUUGAGUGGGUGAAGGAGAUGUCGGCUUCGCGUACGCUACUCCGCAAGGGCGCGGCCGACACCUUCAACGACAAAGUAUUCAUCAGCGAAAUGAAUUUGAAGACGCGCGAAACCGAUGAGAAUUAUCGCAAAAUGUUGUUCAAGGAAGCCUUGCGCUCCGGUUUCUAUGAGCUGCAGUUGGCGCGUGACAAAUAUCGUGAGCUGUGCGGUGCGCAGGGCAUGCACGAAGACUUGGUCUUCGAGUUCAUACGUCAUCAAGCGCUGCUGGUGGCGCCCAUAUGUCCACACGUCGCCGACUAUGUAUGGGGGUUGCUGGGCAACAAAGAGUCCAUAGUGCAUGCGCGUUGGCCGGAAGUGGGCGCCAUCAAUGAGAUCGAAAUCAAAUGCUCGGAAUAUCUCAUGGAAGCGGCGCAUACGUUCCGUCUGAAUUUGAAGAAUCUGCUGCAAGUCAAGGGCAAGGGUGGCAAGGAGAAGGCGGUGGAUCCGACAAGCGCGAAACCGAAUAGUGCUUUGAUCUGGGUCGCCAAGACAUACCCGCCAUGGCAGUGCUGUGUGCUCGACACGCUGCGUGAGCUGUACACGAAAGAUGGCAAGUUCCCGGAAAAUAAAGUCAUCGCGUCGACGCUGCAACAGAAGGAGCAGCUGAAGAAAUUCAUGAAGCGCGUCAUGCCGUUCGCACAAAUGAUACGCGAGAAGGUGGAGGGUGGUAAGGGCGUAGAAGCGCUCGCCAUCAAUUUGGAGUUCGACGAGCGUCAGGUGCUGCUCAGCAAUCUCGACUAUCUGCGUAAUACCUUGGAUGUGGAUAACAUUGAGGUGAAAUACACAGAUGCACCCGAAGCGCCCGAAAAGACACGUGAAGAGGUGCGUCCUGGCUCACCAUUCAUUGCUUUCAUCAUAGCGCCUAAUGUAGCGGUGGAGUUGGUCAAUCCGAUUGAGCGUUCCGGUCUGUUGCAAGUGAACACCGUUGUUAGUGAGGGCGAGACAGUCAAGCAACUGACGGAGAAGCUGGCCAAGCUCAUAAGCUUCAAAGCUGAUUUGUCUACCCUGAAACUCUGGCGCUAUAAUGAUCCCAUACUCGGACCACGUCAAAUGCCAGAAUUCCAGGAUUAUAAAAAGGGCAAGUCGCCGCUCACCGAUGGCACAUUCGUGCUGGAUGUGGAGAAGAAGCAGGUUUCCUUGAAAGUAGGCGACAAAGUUGUCGAAGUUGGUCGCAACUUUAUCUAUGUCGUGGAUUGAAACUGUUGAUCGUUACAACAACAACACAAAGCAAACAUCAUUAAAUUAUUUAAUGUACGACUACUUUAAUUUAUAUAAUUUAUAUGCUUAUGUAAUUAUUUUAAAGCCUUGAAUUUGUUUUUUUUUUGCGGUGCGCUUAACAUUUUAUGAAGAUGAUAGUGCGGAGUAGGUUUUUGAAUUUGAAGCAAAUAAACAGCUGUUACAGCUAGAAAACCGAAA